AAGCGGCGGGUCCUCGGGAUUCCACGGCCAGUGGGUUUGGACUAUGGGGCAUCCCUGGGCGCCGGCGAGUGCAGAGGGAGCGCCCACGCGGCUGCCUCUCGUGCUCACGGCGCUGUGGGCCGCCGUCGUGGGCCUGGAGCUGACCUACGUGCUGGUGCUGGGUCCCGGGCCACCCCCUCUGGGACCCCUGGCCCGGGCCUUGCAGCUAGCGCUGGCCGCCUUCCAGCUGCUUAACCUGCUGGGCAACGUGGGGCUCUUCCUGCGCUCGGACCCCAGCAUCCGGGGCGUGAUGCUGGCCGGACGCGGUCUGGGCCAGGGCUGGGCUUACUGCUACCAGUGCCAGAGCCAAGUGCCACCACGCAGUGGGCAUUGCUCUGCCUGCCGCAUCUGCGUCCUGCGCCGGGACCACCACUGCCGUCUGCUGGGCCGCUGCGUGGGCUUCCGCAACUACCGGCCCUUCCUGUGCCUGCUGCUGCAUGGCGCUGGCGUCCUGCUCCACGUCUCCGUGCUGCUGGGCCCCGCCCUGUCAGCUCUGCUGCGGGCCCACUCACUCCUCCACACUGCUGCCCUCCUCCUGCUGCCCUGGCUCAUGCUGCUCACAGGCAGAGUGUCUCUGGCCCAGUUCACCCUGGCCUUCGUGAUGGACACGUGCGUAGCAGGUGCACUGCUGUGUGGGGCUGGGCUGCUCUUCCAUGGGAUGCUGCUGUUGCGGGGUCAGACCACGUGGGAGUGGGCUCGAGGCCAGCACUCCUAUGACCUGGGUCCCUGCCACAACCUGCAGGCAGCUCUGGGGCCCCGUUGGGCCCUUGUCUGGCUCUGGCCCUUCCUGGCCUCCCCGCUACCUGGGGAUGGGAUCACCUUCCACACCACAGCUGAUGUGGGACUUGCAGCUUCCUGACUCCAGUGGGAGCCAGAACUGAAGUGGGCAGAGGGGAGCCGGAGGCAGGCUGACCUUUGCUUCAUUUCUGGCUCUUAAAGUCAGCAGUGGGCAACGUCAGCCCCUUCCUUGGCUUUGUCCCUGCCCAGCUGGACUCCCUGCCCAGGGCUUGAGCCCUGCAACUCGGACUCUUUGGCCAGAUAAUUGCAGAGGAGGGUCUGGCAAGGGGCUGCCCAGCCUGCCUGGCUAUCUCUCUGCCAGUCUAGUAAGGUACACACCUGGUCCUUGACUUCCCUCCAUCUUUGCUGGGUUUCUGGUCCCUCAGUUUGUUACCCUGGCUCCUGUUUCUGGUUCCUCUGAUUGUCAUGCUGGGACAUCACCGAGAACCUAGGUGUCUGAGGAGUCUAGGUAACCUUUGGCCCUGGUUGGGUAGGGGUGGGAUCCAGGCCCUGAGAAUCCAAACAUGUUCUCCAGGAUCAGCACUUAAUAGUUUAGGGCAAUUCUGCAACAGCACUUUCAUGGAUGCUCUCAGCUGACCUGGUGCAGGGGUCAGUGGCUGGGUUCUUAUUCUGUAUGUAAAGCUGUUGGUUGCCAUGACAAGAUGAUGGGGUAGAAAUGGAGGAGGCAGAAUGUGAACCCAGGUCUUUGUGCUUUUGCCUUCACCCUUGCACAGCUGAAGGAAGUGAGUGGGAGAAAAACCUAGGCAAAGAGUCAGCUGGUGUGUUACUGCCUGUGGAGGAUGAUCCUGAGCGCACAGGCCUGUGCUGCUCUGCUUGUUCAACAUGUGAAUGUAAACGCAGUUAAAUGUGGCAGCGUCAACACGAGUUUAUCACAGCUUACGUCGAGUAUCACUAAGAUGAUAGUGAAGAAAUAAAACAGAUAAAUUUACAAGGUGGAAGAAGUAGACCAAAGAGUCCAAUGUUGUGAAAAAUGGAAGGUGGUUGGAGGCUGUUCACUGUCUUAAGCAGAACUAGAAACGCAACCACAUCUUCCCACAGGAAGUGGGGGGAGAGGCAAGCCCACUGCCCUCCCAGCCGCAGAGAGGCUUGAGGACUGCACCAGGGUGGUGGAAGGCGAGGUGAGGCUUCAGGCCAACAGUGGGGACAGAUGCCAAGUCAGUCUCGGGAGCUGCUAGGCACCCUCCUUGCCAGCCCUGCACACCCCUUGCAGCCACGUCCCACCCCUCUGGGAUGAGGUGGGGUUAUCCGCAGGAGAAGCUGGACCAGAGAAGCUAUCUCUGGAGCACUGGGGUGGGGAGGAGGGGAGGAGGGCUGGACCAAAACUGGGAUUAAGUGAAAGUCCACAGAUAAAGCUGGGAUCCUCCUGUGACAGGGCAGGUCCUCCUCAGACCCCCCGGAGAGUCUGCUCUGACAGCCUAUGCCCACGGGGGUCUCUGCUUUUCCCAGGAGGCAUGUUCUAUUGCUCUUCUGUAAGAGUUUAGGAGCCCCAUAUGCCUGGCAUUCUGUGCUGAACUUAAACAUGGCAGAUCUGCCAUUUCUGCCUCUGCAUCUCAUUCCUCGCCCUCCAGAAUAUCUGAUUUUCAUUUUUUAUUUAACAGUGAGGAAAUGCAAGAGCAUUUUUAUACAACACCCCACACAUCUGUUAGAGAAAAAUCACCAUUUCCUUCUUAGUCCCCUUCCCUCAGGGCCCUGUCUUGAUCAUUCCUUGCUUGGCUUUCUAGUUACAUGUUUUUGAAUUUUACAUGACUUGCCUUUCACUCAAUAUUAUGUUUCUGGGAUGUAUCUAAACUGUCGCAAGUAGCUGUGGGCACCCCUUUUCCCUGUCGCCUGGUGAUCUUCUGAGUGCCACAAUUAAUUUUUCUAUCUUAGUCCACUAACGAUUUUAUCUACUACUCUUGUGUUCUUUGGGAGUCAUCCACCAAGAGCCCUUGUCGGUCCAUAUAAAGCUUAGAAUCCGAUUGUCAACUUAAACCAAUAAAGACCCCUUUGAGAUCAUGAAUGGAACCCCAUUGAGUGUACAGAUCAAUUUUGGGGAAACUGGGGACUACAUAAAAUUGAAUUUUCCAGUUUGUGAAUAUGGUGUAUCACUUCAUUGGAUGUUUAAAAUAAAGUUAUACUUUUUCU